AUGCCCAGUUCACUCACAAUCCAAUUAACCAACCAAACAAACUCGCAUAAUGUCUACGCAUUCAUCACCGGGUUGGCCAUCCAGCACAACAUGGCCCGCGUGUUCCUCAAGCCGGACGGCAGGGAUCUCUACUAUCCCGAGUCACCGCCGCCGGGACAGAUCCUACAACCGCUCACCCAAGACUGCGCUAUCCUGCUUGGGUCUCCAGGAAACACAGUCACGGUGACCAUCCCACAGAUGGCCGGUGGCCGCAUCUGGUUCAGCGCCGAGAAACGGCUCACCUUCCUACGCAACCCAGGCGGACCCGGUGGUGGUGCGGCACUCGUCGAGCCGUCAGUCCUCAACCCCAGCGACCCCAACGCCGACAUCGACUUUUCAUUUUGCGAGUUCACCCUCAACAACGACCAGCUAUUCGCCAACAUCAGCUACGUCGACUUCGUGCCUUGCUUGCCCGUUGCACUGACGCUGCAAAUCAAGGGUGGCGCCGUGCAGCACGUCAGUGGGAUGGCGCUAGACGGCCUGGAGAGAGUGUGUGCCGGGCUGAAAGAGCAGACCGCCAGGGAUGGCCGGCCAUGGGACAAGCUCGUCGUGACGCCUCAGGGGCAGGACAGGCCGUUGCGGGUAUUGAGCCCAACGCACGGCAAUGCCGUAGGCGCGAGUUUCGACGGGUACUUUGAACCGUUAGUCGAAGCAGCAUGGAAGAAGUACUCCGCCUCUCAGCAACCACCACCACCACAACCAUCACAACAACAACAACAACAUCCAGAGGCACCCAAAGAACACCUCCACAGCAGGCUACGCCUCUCCCUCUUCCGGCGCAAGCCCGUCCCCAACCCCCCACCACAACCAACGCCCCCCCAACCCCAACAACAACAACCCCCCCAAACCCAAAACACCCUCUACAUCAACACCCAAUCCGCCCCCGGCAUCCUCACCGGCCAGGUCCCCCCAGCUUCCGCCUCCCUCCUCAUCGGGCCCGAACCCUUCGCCCGGCCCAGCACAGCCGACAUCCUCAGCUGCAACAGCGGCCCCUUCACCACCGGCCCCUCCCCCAUCCGCAACGCCAUCAUCCCACGACUCGCCGCCGCCUUCCAGCGCGGCUGCAUCUGCGCGACGGCCGAGCACCCGUCGGCGCCGGAGUACUUUUAUGCCAUGACCGGCCCGGCGAACCACUACGCGCGCGUGGUGCAUGGGUGCAACCUGGAUGGGAAGGGGUAUGCCUUUGCGUAUGAUGAUGUGCAGCCGGAUGGGGGGAGGGAUGAGAGUGGGAAGGUGGAGGCGGGGGAGCCGGAGGUGUUGGUUGUGGCGGUGGGGGGGGGAGGAGCGUAUGUGCGGUGA